AUGACGGAGGAAGAUAAUAACUUCCUGUGGAAGAACCGAGUCCACUGCAGAUCCUACCCUCACUCUCUCCCCAAGCUCGUGUUGUCCACCAGUAUGGACUCUUUGGAAAAGUCCACUCAGCUCUAUACUCUGCUAUUAGAUUGGCCUCCUAUUAGUGUGGUUACUGCGCUGCAGUGUUUUCUACAUGACAUAAAUGACCCUCAUAUUAGGGAGUUUGCAGUGUACUCACUCGACACACUGCUACCAGAUGACAUGGUCUGUCUAUACCUGUUACAGUUGGUAGAGUGUAUUAAAUACGACCUGUACUUGGACUGUGCACUUACACGGUUUCUGUUGAGGAGGACACUCCAGAACAACACUCUCGGUCACUAUCUGUACUGGCACCUCAAAUCUCAGGUGGAUGGCCGACUCUACGGCGCACAGUUUGCUUUAGUGAUAGAGUUUUACUUGCGUUGCUGUGGAGAUCAUAUAGAGGAACUGAACAAGAUAUCAAACUCUAUGUCUAAAAUAGGACUGUUGUACGAGAAGGUCAGCAGGAAGGUCACUCUUGACGAGAUAAAAUCUACCCUGAACUCCCCGGCAGUUAACAAAACAUUCUGUGGAUUCCAAAACUUGACCGAUCCUCGACAAAGGACCAAAGACAUUCUGGUGGAAAAGACAAAGAUAUUUGAUAGCAGCAUGAGGCCCAUGUUGAUGAAGUUUACCAAUCAAGAUCCAACAUAUAAACUGAACUUUGGGAUAAUCUACAAGGAGGGUGAUGAUCUAAGACAAGAUCAGCUAGUACUGCAGUUUAUAAACCUUAUAAACCUAAAAUGGAUGAAGGAAGGACUGGAUAUGAAGUUGAUUGAGUACAGUGCUGUUUGUACGAGUCACAAGAAAGGAGUUCUGGAGUUUAUAAGGGACGCGGAGAAUCUAGCGGGCCUUAUUAAGAAUUACAAAGCAUAUGCAGCGUUUGAGACGUGGUUAAGAGAGAAGAAUCCUCACCCCUCAGACUUGGAGGAAGCUAGAACUAACUUUCUGAAGUCUUGUUGUGGGUACACUCUGAUACAAUACGUGCUCGGUAUUGCUGACCGACACCCCAGUAACAUCAUGUUAAGGGAGGAUGGGAGACUUGUUCACGUAGACUUCGGCCACAUUCUAGGUCACACGAAGCAAAAGUUUGGUGUAAACAGGGAACCUAGCCCGGUUACAUUUAUGAAGGAGUGGGUGGACUUUAUAGCUUGCAACGGAGACGACGAGUUUAAAAAGUUUGAGCAGCUGUUUGUGAAAGCGUACCUAGCUCUGAGAAAGCACGCAGAAGAGUUUCUAACCCUGUGGCACUUGAUACUGACAGCUGGACUGAAGGAGGUCAACAAGGCAUCACACCUGGAGCAUCUUACUACAGCGAUGUGUAUAGGUAAAACAGACGAUGAGGCUGAGCGGCAGAUUCUGCACAUACUGCACGAGAGUAUAAGGAUGACACGGAUACAGCAGGUCCAUUGGCUUGCUCACAUUGUCGCUCACUUUUAAUUGAUUUGUUAUUCAAUUAAUUUGUUGAUUAGUUGGUAAUUGAUGGUUAAUUGACGUGGAUAAUGAUGCAGAUGUGUCACUUAUACUUAUGAGCUUGUCAGUAUAAUAAUAUUAUCAGUUAUUGUUGGUUGGAAUGUAAAUGAACAGUUAAUGGUUUUGUAUUAUGUACGGUUUUUUUUGUGUGUACUUAGUGUGAUUUUUAUAUGUAUGUACUUUGUAUGUUAGUAAACUUUGAUAUUGAAAUCUUCGCACAAUUAUCUGUUGUAAAUACUCAACUAUUUUUCAGACUAAAAUCUCAGCAUAUUUCUGGCCCCUCGAUUUAAUUUUCAGCUUUUUUAUGGAUGUGUUCGCUCCUUUGAUUAAGAUUUAGCUCAGUUGUAUUUUAUUCGUUGAAUACUGUUACUCUUCUUAUUUUCAUAAUUUUAUCACUUUCUUUUUAUUUUUGAGACUGUGCUAACAGCCAACUUUAAUGUUUACGAUUUUUGUCGGGAAAAUCUAGACAUAAAAAGAUAAAAAUUGAAUUAUUCGUAUCAAGCCAUAUAAUUAAUAGUUAAAUAAUUAAGCCAUACAUCCAAUAUCAUUUUUCUUGAAGGAUUUUAAAAUUAGGAUAAAACCUUACUAAAUAAAAUGAUGAGUUUGUUUACUUAAUGAAUUCUACAUUAUUAAAAGUCCAAAAGUAUGUAAGUUAUUCAUUUUUAGACCAUUUAUAAUAGCCGAGUGCUUUUAACUGAAUGAAUUUUGAUAAAGUUGUGAUUUCGUUAUAUUUACUUGAAAGUUAAAUGAAUGCAGAAUGAUAAUCGUUUUUCUUUGAACAGUAUUACAUCUUUAUUUUAUAAUUAGUUUUUACAGAACGGAGCUAGAUGAUGAAGAGAAAUUAUAAUAUAACUAAUUCAAAAUUUCCGCGAGU